AUGGCCACCAUGGCCCAGCUUGUUUACGGCAGCUUUAUCAGAGUCUGGCGUGAGAAGGAAUCCGCUGUCAAAGAGACAAGGUUGAAGCGUCUGCUUCUGCAUGAUGCAUCACACCAAGUGCGAACACCCCUGAACGCCGUGAUCAACUACCUUGAGAUGGCCCUCGAGAAGCCUCUGGAGGAGAGCACCAAGCAAGCUCUCACGUCGUCCUACACGGCAUCCAAGUCUCUCAUCUACGUCAUAGAUGACCUCCUGAAUUUGACAGGGAGCGCAACUGGGUCGAUCCCGCAGCUCUCCAACCUCUUUGAUGUGGGAGUCUGCUUGGAGGAGGCCAUGGAACCUCUCGAGCGGCUGGCAAGGGAGAAGGGAAUCGAGGUUGUUCUCAAACCCUGCACAGGAGCUGUUCGAUUCGUGCGAGGUGACCCAUCCAGUCUCCAACGGGCCGUCUCCAUACUGGUCGCCAACGCCAUUCAGCAUACAGUCAUGGGGCGGGUGUUGGUCGAGUGGACUACAACGGGCAAGAAAAUGGAGAGCUGCACGAUGCACAUUUCGGUCAGCGACUCGGGCCCCGGUCUCAGCGAACGAGCCCUCGAUGACAUGUUUCAGGAAUUUGAGCAGGUUCCAGACGAAGACUUUGACGAGCUCAUGGGCCAGUCGCUGGCGCCGAGGGACAAUGUCCUUCGCGUCGGUGUUGGACUAGCCUUUGUGGCCCGCUAUGUCAAACAACGGAACGGGCAGCUGAGAGUGAAGUCAGUCAAAGGACUUGGCUCAACUUUCAUCAUAGAGGCGCCCUUUACCGUGGUAUCGCGCGCACACUCUCUGGCUGCACGUAGGGACGCAUCCCCGCUCCCAGCAUUGCCCAUGCCUGGACGCCCGUCGGUUUUGGGGUCGCUUCCCCCCAAAGCACACGACAUCACACCGGCAGGAUCGUCAGGUGCGGGCCUGGGAUCCAAGAUGGGUGCCUCGCCACCCAUCGUUGUGCCGACACCAAGCAUUUCGCCCAUGGACACGGCGCGGACGCCGACGACACUCUGCUUUACCGUCCUGAUUGCCGAUGACAACAUUAUCAAUAUUCAAAUUCUCAACCGUCGCCUGACCAAGUUCGGUCACAAGGUUCUUGUCAGUCGCGAUGGCCAAGAGUGUUAUAACAUGUUUGCGGCGAAUCAAGCUACUACUGAUUUUGUCCUGAUGGAUCUCAACAUGCCCGUCGUCGACGGUUGGGCUUCGGUUAAGAUGAUAAGAGACCUCGAAAACGCCAGACCGACCCCAUCUCGCGUUGUCCAAGCCUGUGGCCGUGUCCCUGUCUUUGCCAUAUCUGGCAUGCUCCGGCGUGGAGACGAACAGCGGUACAAGGAUGUGGGCUUUGACGGCUGGAUGCCCAAGCCCAUUGAUAUGAAACGACUCUCCACCUACUUGACCGGUGCUGUCGACGCACCAACACGGAAGCAAGGUGUUUAUCAAGAGACACACUUUGCCAUGGGCGGGUGGUUUCCCGAGGAGACUGUCCCACCACUUGUUAUGGAGAGGCAGUUGCAGCCGGAAGAGGAAGUCGUUGAGAUUGAACAUGUUAAGGAAGAAAAUCCCGAAGCAGCUUACAUUCCUCUUCCUGUGACAGCAAUGGAGUCUCCAUCAGUGCCGAGGGCUGAUGACUCCUUCUUCCCCAGCAAGGAUUGGAGCGUACCGCCAGCCAACGAAGAUGAUCAUCGGAUGGCUUGUCCUCUUCCACUUGAAAAGGAUGGUAUUGGCCAGAAAGAAACUCCCCCUCCUGACAGCGCCAUCGCCAUCCACUCCACCAUGAAUACGCCCGCGGUGGAGGCUAACCCGGAGAUUUGGAGCCUGCAUCAACCUCAACCACCAACGGACAGCAUCGAAGCAGUGCUGGAAGCUGAUGAGUGCCCUCCAUCGAGUGAGGGCGCAGCAAAGCCAGUGUCUGGCCGAGGUCAUGCCCAGACACCUGCAGCGAGACCGCUUCAAGUGGACCCCUUUUCUGAAUACUGCUCGCAGCCAGAGGUAUCGUCCCCUGCGAGGACGAUUUGAACAGUCUCAUUUCUCCUCUGUUUUCUUUUCCGUUUGUAAAGUAAUGAUUUGUUUAUGCUUUCUUGUUUGCGGCCUACUCUCUGGCGUUUUGGUAAGGGGUUGGGUGUUGAGACGGUCUGGAACAAUUUACGAUAAGGAACAACAUUUCCGGAUGAUCAAUGGGUGUUUGUUGUUUCGUCAUGUAUUUCGUGUCUCAUUUGUUCUGGGUCAUCUAGGCGGCAUAUUGUUCUUCCUGCUGUCAGCCCCUGUCAUGGAGCAUAAAUCUCGAGCAUUGUUUACAGGCAGCACAUUGGAGCAAAGAAACAGCUACAAAGCUUUUGAAAUUCUGUUGCGAGGGGAAACGGUGGAGUGAGUUUUGUGGCAGGUUGUUCAAGUGGGCUUGGAUGAGGGUGUGUGUGAUGCAAUAAUAAGUAAAUGGUCUUUGAACAAAGAGGUCCUUUUCUAC